CACCUCCCACAAUCCCCUUGGUUGGAGGUUGCCCAAUACACAAAUUACGGGCCAGGGGUUGGUUUGUUGUUGCAGAAGAAAGAGCUAAAGAAACAGUAAUAAAAUAAAAAGUGAAGAUAAUAUUUCAGGGAAAGUGUCGCAUGAGCUUUCCUGUGUGGUGUUGCUGGGUGUUACCCUCCCUGCCAUGAGAGCUGACCAGGUCCCCAGCCACCCCUCCUUCUGCAGUUGAUGGAUCUGCAGCUGGUCUGGAGAUGACAGACAGCAUCAGGGCCUUCCUCCGCAAUGUUGCGACGGGGAUUAAGGACUCCAUUUUGGGGAUUGGAACUAUCUCCAAGCUGGAUGCCCGCAUCCAGCAGAAAAGGGAGGAGCAGCGGAGGAGGAGAGCCAGCGGGGCCCUGGCUCAGAGACGGGCCCAGAGUGAGGAACGCAAACAGGAGAGUGAACCCAAAUUAGCCAGUAGGAUUUUUCAGUGCUGUGCCUGGAAUGGGGGAGUGUUCUGGCUCAGUCUGUUCCUCUUCUACCGGGUGUUUAUUCCACUGCUGCAGACUCUGACAGCAAUAAUCAUUGGUGACCCCUCUCUCCAUGGCAACGUCUGGUCCUGGCUGGAGUUCAUAUUGACCUCCGUGUUCAGUGCUCUCUGGGUGCUCCCUCUGUUUGUGCUCAGCAAGAUAGUCAACGCCAUCUGGUUCCAGGACAUAGCUGACCUGGCCUUCGAGGUGUCUGGUCGGAAAGCCCAGCCCUUCCCCAGCGUCAGUAAGAUCAUCGCUGACAUGAUCUUCAACCUCCUCCUCCAGGCUCUCUUCCUCAUUCAGGGUAUGGUUGUGAGUCUCUUCCCCAUCGACGCUAUUGGACAGAUGGUCAGCCUUCUCCACAUGUCUCUGCUCUACUCCCUCUACUGCUUUGAGUAUCGCUGGUUCAACCAUGGCAUUGAGAUGCACCAACGGCUGUCCAACAUUGAGAGGAACUGGCCCUACUACUUUGGCUUUGGUCUCCCCAUGGCUCUGUUGACUGCCCUCCCCUCUUCAUAUAUAAUCAGUGGCUGUCUGUUCUCCAUCCUCUUCCCUCUGUUCAUUAUCAGCGCUAACGAGGCCAAAACCCCAACAAAGCUAUACCACUUCCAGCUGCGCCUCUUCUCUCUGGUUGUGCUGAUUAGCAACAAGUUGUUCCACAAGACGGUCCACCUGCAGUCCUCCCUGAACUCGUCCAUCUCCGCUGAGAAGCUGCCUACCUCUCCCCAAGCCUCUCCUGCCCGCCAGAGACCCUGUCCACCCAGUGAUGGCCACUGGGGGAGGGGGACGACGACAAGGGAGCAGCUCUGCUCAGUAAACCAAUGGAGCAGUUGAUUCUGUCUGUGGAAGGAUCUCUCUUAUCAGGACAGGAGGAGGAGGUUUGGUUUAAAGCUAGGUUUUAUUGUGAUUUUAACGAUUUUACUAUGGCCAAUUUCAUAUUAUUUUGGAGCACAGGUCAGGUGUGUUUUUAAUGUGAAUGACAUGUAAGGAGAUUUAACUGCUGUGUGCCUCACUCAAACACACAGGAUUCUUAUAUCUUAUUCUCAUUAAAAUGUUUGUUUUAAUAGUUUUUUUAUGUAUGAUGUGCCAUUUUAGUGCUUUAAAUUCAGCAAAAGCAAUCAUAUACAUUGUUUUUCUUCAUUUGUUUUUGUUCUGCUCUUUUUGAUUGCUACUCCAAUGUUGUCCAUGUUUUGCUUGUUUAUUCUGUUUAUCACCCCGUGGCUGAUCCCAGACUGCUUUGUAUAAAACUCUUGAUAUGGAAGAGAAAAAGGAAAAGGGUUACAUUUUUGCCAAGACUCAUGUUAUGUUACUCUACAUUUUGAAUGACAGACAGAGCUUUAGACACUGGUCACACGAUCCUUGGUAUUCCUUUGUUUGAGGAAUCAGCACAGGGAUGCAGCCAGUGACUAGAUGUUCAUCAAAGCGUGUGUGACUAAAAUAAGCCCCUUCUCCAUUGAAGGGGGUGACAUGUUUGCGAUGUUCAAAAGUGGAGCACAAGAGUUGUGACAUGUACAUUUUUCUGUGUUGCAAGUGACAUUCCUUUCACACUGAUGGGACGUUGUCUUGUUAAUAAAUAGCUGUUUCUCUGUAAAGCCGGGGCGUCACUGAUACUCCUCUGGCCAGAAACCCAGGAAUAAUCUUGUGUGGUGAAAACAAAGGGAUACUUUUUUUUUUAUUCAUAUAAGUGCUUUCUUUAGACUAAUUGUAAUUUGUACACUUUCAGCAUGGGAGCUGGUCUAAACAUCCCACAAAAAAGAGCAUCCUUAAUUAAUCCAAAUAUAUCACUGGUUGUUGUGUGUAAAGUAAGGCUAGCUGUUUUGAAGAAGCUGUUUUCUAUAGUUGUGUAUUAGACAGACAGGUGAAGCUGUAUGACUCUGCUGCUUGGUCAGAUCAGAUGACACUGCCAAACUGCUUUAUCUACUACUUUGUUCGACUCACUUCUGCUUCGAUCAAUUGUACACAGAACACUGCAGUGUAGGUACUUGGAAGAUGUCACUGAGCUCUGUUCUGACUGAUUUUCUCUUGAAGGAAGAAAGGAAGGUGUAUAGUGCAUACCUUAACAGAUGGGAGAAGCCCUCUGUGUUUAUGUUCCCCUUUGAGCAGUGGCAAAUCCAAACGGGCUGUGAGGGAUUUUUGACAUGAUACCUCUUGGCUCUGAAUGUUCAACCAAAACCUUAACAUGGGGGUUACCAUCAAGCUUUUACCUAAUCUUAUCUAAUAGGUUGGGGGGGGCAGUAUGUAAUAAUUGUAAGUGCAUAGUAUUUAUGUAUCCAGAUUGAUAUAUGUGAGUGAGAUUUUGUAAAAGUAUUAUGCCUAAUUUCAAUAAAAUUGGUCAGUAUACACUACA